GUCCACUCAUUCGAUGGUACUCUAGAGGAAGCCGAAGAAUUCAUGCGAAUGGGUCUCUAUAUCGGAAUCAACGGCUGUUCGUUGAAAACUGAGUCUAAUCUAGAAGUGGCGGCACUGAUACCCGCCGAUAGGCUUAUGAUCGAAACCGACAGUCCGUGGUGUGAAGUGAAGGCCAGUCAUUCCGGUGCCAAACAUAUCGCAACACAGUUCCCGAGCCGUAAGAAAGAGAAGUUUGAGACCGGUUUACACGUGAAGGGCAGGAAUGAACCGUCAAAUUGUGUACAAAUAUUGGAGAUAUUGUCUGCCGUUAAGAAGAAGCACACUAUCGACGAAUUGGCCGAUAUUUUCUACGAAAACACAAUCAAACUCUUCUUCAGCGCCCGGUCUUAACAAAUGAGAUAAUAAAUGGACGCGAUUUUUGUCCACUAAUAAUAUGGGCAC